AUGUCUUCUCAAUCCCUGCCUAACGGCACGGCCAAGCCUGAGAUGCCGCUCUCGAGCAAGAAGAAUAGGAAACUGCGCAAAAAGGCUGCCCAACCACAGCCAAUUCUGAAAUACGCGUGGCUGGCUGGACAUGUCAGCACGUUGCUUUUCGGGUUUAUCUACCUCAGCUACUAUAUCGUCCAUAAGUCGCACAAGUCGUGGGUGGCCUUUGUCGGCUACAGGCUUGCGUGGGUAGGUGUCUGGAUCAGCUACAGCGUGGCCAUCACGUCUCAUUUCAAUAGGAAAGCGCUUCCGUCCUAUUUCACUCUCAUGACCACAGAAAACUUCCAGUACCUCGUUCUGUCGGUGCACUGGUUCUUCGGAUGGUCGUCUUUCUUCAAGCUGCUGCCAUAUCUUCUGAUUGCGACGCUGCAGCUUUCCAACCGCUUCCAGAUCAAGCCAUUGCUCAAAUUGGAGCCGGUUUUUAAGAAAACCAUCAUUUACAACGAACUGUUCCUGUUUGUGCUGCUCACCUUCGACACGCUGCGUAUGAAAGGAAACUCCGGCUUUGGGCUCGUCAGCUACGCCAUGUUCUACUGGCUCAGACUGCUGCACAGCGAGGAUAACAGAUUUUUUGUCUACUCAGUGAUCAGCAAACUGGACACGUUCAUGUCGAAGCAGAAAAACCCGAGAAUCUUGGAGGCCUGGGACGAGGUGAAGAAAUUCCUGAGCGUCAAACAGAGCAAGUUCGAGUCCCAGUACUUGGCCGUAUAA